AGAGGAAAUGAUCCGGGUUUGAUGAUGUCAGAGUCACGAAUAGGGAAUUCCGUUCACCUCAGAGAAAUGUUGAAAAUGUGUUGAGGUCAAAUCGUGCAUGAGUGGCGCGAUGUCCUUGGAAGACGCGGCUGACUAUGCAUUUGCCGCCGUCAAAUUUGACGAAACCGGAAAUUUUGAUGCUGCGAUUUUUUACUAUCGAGCCGCUGCUGAAACUUUGGACACAUUUGGCAAAGAUGGAGGUGUCUUAUCUGCCGAAUGGGAACAGAAAAGAAGCAGCUACGUGGAUCGCUUGAACUUACUGCUACAUUCCCGGGAUGAAAGAAAUGUGUCUGGCGAUAAUGUCGCGAAAGCGCAAAAAUCUGGGCCUUCUUCGAGAGCCAAAUUCCUGCUUUCUCAAGCAUUGGAUGCUGACGAAGCCGGUGCUGUUGACACUGCGCUUGAGCUGUACACAGAUGCCGUGCAGCAGUGUAUUGAAGCGAAAAAGCAAUGUUCGGAUCAGAGUCAAGCAAAUGAACUGCAAAAACUUGCCCUUCAAGCAUUGGAAAGGGCAGAGGUGCUAAAGGGAAUCCCUGUAGCCAAAGAUGCAGCACCACCGCAGUCGACAGCUCCUGUCGACUCAAAACCCAAGAUCCCGUCGUACAUGGUGGGAAGAGUUGUCCCACCCCUUGGAAUCGGAACCAUACGACCAGACGUCCAGCCGCAACACGUUUCAGUGGCGACUCGUUCUGUCGCCAUGAACAAGAGCGAUCAGUUUUAUUCGGAUGAUGAAAUUUCCGUCCUCAAGCACGGGUCGCGAAUCAAUAAACGCGACUACCUACCGUUCAUGAGCAUCGAUUUGCGUGAACGAUUUGCCUUCCCGUUGCCAUUUACGGACAAGGACGGAUUUCUGUCACUUUCAAAGAAGCAGAAGUCCGUGUUUUCCAGAUGGGCGCGUAUCGAGGAGCUCAGCCCGGAGCCGAAAAUGGUUGAUGGGGACGUCGAUUGCUUGUCGAUACGUCAAACAGUCGUUUCGGAUUGUUCUUUCGUUGCAUCGUUGGCCGUUGGUGCCCUGUAUGAGAUAAAAUUUCCUGGAAAGCGAAUCAUAACCGGAACAUUAUUUCCGCAAAAUAGCAAAGGACAGCCAGUUUACAAUCCGUGUGGCAAAUACAUGGUUAAACUUCAUAUUAAUGGCAUAAGCAGGAAAGUGAUCGUCGACGACUUUCUUCCCGUGAGCGCUCGUGGGGAUUUGCUUUGCUCUUACUCGAGCAAUAAGAACGAAUUCUGGAUUUCGAUUCUCGAAAAAGCGUACAUGAAGGUGAUGGGAGGAUACGAUUUUCCUGGGUCAAAUAGCAGUAUAGACCUUGGUGCCUUGACCGGUUGGAUACCGGAAAGAGUCAGUAUUGGACCAGAAACCGAACCGAUGGCAUUUUUUGAAAAGCUGUCGAAACAUAUGCGUCGUGGGGACAUUUUAGUAACUUUGGCCACUGGAAAUUUACCGCAACAUGAAGCAGAUCGUGCUGGCCUGGUUCCCACUCACGCGUAUGCUGUGCUCGAUGUCAAGGACGUUUUGGGCACGAAAUUGCUCAUGCUGAAGAAUCCUUGGGCACAAUUGAGAUGGAAGGGGAAUUACUCGGAGCUAGAUCGCAAUCAUUGGACUCCAGCUUUGAAAGCGGCGCUGAAAUAUGAUCCCCAUUCCGCGAAGACUUUUGACAAUGGUGUUUUCUGGAUAGACUACGCCAGUGUGCUCAAAUAUUUCGACGUGUUUUACUUGAGUUGGAAUCCCAGCAUUUUUUCCAAUACCUACUGCAUUCACAGGACUUGGAAUGCUGGGGUGGGACCUGCCAAGGAUUUGUACACAAUAGGUUUUAAUCCUCAGUUUCGCCUUGAGGUGAAAGGAUCAGCGAAGUCUGUUUGGGUGCUAUUGUCUCGUCACAUAACGGAAAUAGACGAUUUCAAAGAUAACAAGGAAUACAUAACAUUGCUAGUCUACAAGUCGGACGGAAAGAAGAUCUACUAUCCCCAUGAACCACCUCCGUACAUGGACGGCGUUCGCAUCAACAGUCCGCAUUAUUUAUGCAAGAUCGACUUGACGGAUGAAACGAGGCUGUUCACGCUAGUGGUUUCCCAGUACGAGAAAUCCACUACGAUUCAUUAUACGCUCCGUGCAUUUGCCAAAUGUCCCAUUCUCAUUGCACCGAUUUUGGAUCCCUUUAAAUACUUGAAAGAGGAAAGAAGUGGGCAGUGGAAAGGUCGAACUGCUGGGGGUUGCCAAAACCACCGAGAAACGUACCACAACAAUCCAACUUAUCAGAUAAAUUUGGAAUCGACUCCGGCAGAAACUUUGAUAGAACUUCGUGGUCCAAAGCAAUUUGCAGUCGGAUUCGAAGUGAUCAGUGUUUCAGUUAGUAAAGAUGCUCCAGAAUUUCUGCGGAAGAAUAGUGGAGCCUUUCGUUCCGGUUACACGGUGUUACACUUGACAAAUAUGCGCGCGUCGACGUACAACAUCAUUCCAGCCACGUACUCACCUGGCGAGGAAGGUCCCUUCUUUUUGACUGUGAGGUCAACCCAGCCUUUAACUCUGUCUCGUUUGUGAUAUCACGAAGUGACCAAUCGAGCUUCUUACGUGAUUGCGUUAAUAUUUCACUAAGAUUGAUUGGAUAAUCCCGAGAAGGUGCCCGCAUUUGCGAUGUGUGAUGACUUCUCAUUGAUCGGUGACACGACCUGUUCGACGAUUUCGUUCUCGAAAGUAUUGCGGCUCAAAGAGGUUUUACGUUUUCACCUGCUCCAUCUAGUUUAAUAAACCAAAUUGAUUGGCUAUGGGUCAUUGUUCGGUCCAAAUUCAAUGGGUUGAUAAACAUUAAAUUCAUAAAUUGUCGUAUAAAAGUUUUAUCUCAGUGUUUGAUUUCGUGUUGCACGCACGCGCUUCAAUUUUCGUGAAUUGCUUCUGCAUCCCGCCGAAAAAAGAAGAAAUAACGUUUCACAUCUGGCAAUUUUUUCUAUAUCCAGUUUCUGACGCUUUUUCCACGUAUAGUAAUAUCCCAGUGUUGUCAUUGGCAUCGACUUCGAAAUAAAUUACUCCAUGCAUUGAUCGAUCAAGAACGGCAUUUGGAAGUUAGUUUUCGGAUCAAGCGGAAGCUUUGAGGAAAAUUUACGGUUAUCACAGUGAAAAAAGUAUUGCAAAAACCUUCAAUGUGACAAAGACGCAUGGAAAAUGAAGAUCAGUUUUAAGACAAUAUAGCGUAAUGUUUCCGGCGUGCUGCAAAUUUGAAAUUUCGUGCAUAUGACGGUAAUCUUGGUGAUUUCCAUCGUUCUGUUAGGUUAUAUAGCAUGAGCAAUCCGUUUUUUAAUGAAAUUGAAAUGACGUCUUGUUUUUUCUAAUGGCAAAAUUUUGAUUCAUUCUUCCAGCCGUUUGUUGAUUUUUUUUUAAAGAAAUGGAUCGUAUAAAAUAUAUUUUGAAGAAAAGCUGAAA